AUGGGAGACUUACCGAAGCCGAGACUAGUCAGUACAAAACCAUUCUCUCACGUGGGUGUUGAUUUCGCCGGACCUUUCUUCAUAAAAGCCGCUCUUCUAAGACGGAUCCAGACGUCUAAAGGGUAUUUAUGUAAUUUAGUAUGUAUGGCAACUCGUGCUUUCCAUCUGGAACUAGUCAGUGAUUUGUCAACCGAUUUGUUAGUCGUCGUGGAAGAUGUACUGACCUCUACAGUGAUUGCGGAAUAA